GCUCAACACCAGCGUGCUCAGUCAGCACUCUGUACGCAUAAAUAUGGCGGCAUCAAUCAAUUGCUGGAAAUGUCUGUCGAGGCCCAGCAUUGCGGUAAUCCAAUUGAGCUCGCGUGUAGCUCGUGUCGCCGCAUCUGCCCCGUUCUCCUCCACCUCUACGAAUCUUGCCUUGCCAGCUCCCACUAGAAAGGCAGCCUCUACAACGAAAGGAGUUAAGACCAAUCUAAAAAUCAACAAAAAGCCUCGACCAAAAGAGUCCAGAAAACCGCCUGCCACCGGAGAAAGAAAGGCGCUAAGAAAACGAAUCGUACUGAGCAAUACAAAUGCGCUCGAGGUAGCUGGUAUGGAGGAUUUAAGCCCGGAAAUAGUUGACGCCAUUGCGAAGGAUACUGCAGAAGGGGAAGCUGGAUCUGGGCUGGUAGGAAAGGUGGUAGGAUUGCCAGGCGCAACCGUGGAUUCUUUGCGAGCGAUCGAGGCCUUCAAAACAACUCAAGGCUGGGGAUUAUUUCGCAGGCCGGGUACGCUUAUUAGAAAAGAGACAGCUGAUUUGACAAGAGCUUUACUUGCUGCGCAGAAGGAAAAAUCUACACUUACGCUGAUGCUUGACGGGGCCAAGGGCACGGGCAAGAGCAUGAUGCUUUUGCAAGCACAAGCAUCUGCAUUUGCCAAAAGCUGGAUUGUGCUGCAUAUUCCUGAGGGUAGGUGUCUACAACGACACGCUUAAUUGAAUAAUGUACUGAUUUCAUUGCAGCCCAAGAAUUAUCCAACGGAGUCAACGACUAUGCUCCGAUUCCGGGAUCCGAUUUAUGGGCUCAACCAACCUAUACAGCAGAAUGGCUGGCCAAAAUUGGAAAAGCCAACAAUGAGAUUCUAAAGACUCUCAAGAUGAAAAAUACACACAACCUUCCUGUUCCAAUAGAAAAAGACAUUACACUUGCCCGAUUCUGCGAAUUAGGUUCACGCGACCCCGACAUUGCAUGGUCGUUCUUUCAAGCUUUCUGGACAGAAUUAAAUCUUCCAGGACGACCUCCUGUCCUCUUGACUUUGGAUGGAAUGAGUUAUAUUAUGGGAAUGAGCGAAUACCGAGAUACGGAUAACAAGUUUAUCCACUGCCACAAUCUCGCACUCGUAAAGCACUUUGCGGAUCACAUUUCCGGCACAUCCAAACUAGCUAACGGUGGAGCGAUCAUUGGCUCAACAUCAAGAAGUCACAACCCCAUUUCACUCUCCAUGGACUUGGCCAUAUACCAAGCUUUACAGAGACAGGCUAAGCAAGAGAUCACUCAAAAAGAUCCAUUCGAGAAGAAGUAUGACGAGAGAGCCACCAAGGCUCUUCAAAAUGCCUCGGCGAUGAUGAUUGGUGGUUUAACGAAGAAGGAAUCAAGGGGUCUGAUGGAGUAUUGGGCUGCGAGUGGUGUAUUAAGACAGAGAGUUGAUGAACAAACAGUUGCGGAGAGGUGGGCUUUGGCUGGACAUGGCGUCGCAGCCGAGAUCCAGAGAGGGGCCUUAAGGAUGAGAAUAUAA